AUGUUGCUCAGAGUGAGAGAUUUUUUAUACAGACACCGGAGGAAGUUUGUAAUUGGAGGUGCAAUAAUAGGUGGGAUUGCUCUCCUUAGUCGUUAUGCAGAGCACAAACUUAUUGCUUGGCAUGAUCAACACACACACACUUUGAUGGAAAAACAAAAAAAACGGCAACAUUAUGAAAAUACACAUAGAACAGCAAAUGCAACAGUUAUGAGCUUGUCUGUUAGUAUGAAAGAGAUUAUAUCAAGGGAACUUGAUGCAGAUGCUCUCCUUCAAGCAGUAAGGGAACAACCACAACACAAACACAGUAUUUGGCAGCAACUCAAGGUUGUGGGAUUCAGCCGUGCGGUUUCCACUGUUUAUGUUGCAAGUUUGGUAGCCACGGCGGUGCACGUACAACUCUUGCUACUUGGAGGAUAUACUUUUGGGGACCUCAUACACUCUGGUCAUGCAAACAUACCAGUAUCCCAGGCAUUGCAGCAGAAAUAUCUUGCUGUUCUUCAUUACCUUGUUGAAGAGGGCAUUCCUAAACUGUUGCAGCAUAUAACUCGAGCUGUUACUCAUAUUGUUGCUGGAUUGCCUCUUACUCGACCUCUUACUUUAUGUCAGUUAGAAGCAAUUUUUCAGGAAAUUAAACUUGACCUAGCUGGAGAAAAUGUAUCAUAUGAACUUCAUGAUGGGAAAAGGCCUAAGCUAGAGCCAUGGAGCAGAUAUGUUCUUCAUACGCCUGUACCACCUGAAGGGGACUCAGGAGAUGAUAUGGCACUCUACAAUAUGCUAAUUGAAACAAAUGAUAUCCUUGCCAGUGAAGAUUUUAGUACUGUAAUGGACACACUAGUUCAACACGGAUUUAAUCAUUUGUUAGAUAGAAUGGCUGAAUUUUACCCACUCCCUAAAAAUCCACACGAGUUCAGUGGUAGUAAUGAAAAUUGGGUUGACAGUGUUAGAAGAGAUAUACCCCCUAGUGUUUCAGAUAAUGUGGUUGAGAGUUCUUCACUAGCCCAAGGGACUCCAUCUUACAACUCCAGUUUCUCUCAUAACAGCACUCUUCCUGUGGCCAAAUUAGUACCACUUUUAUCAGGAGUAGUGCAUGCUGCUCUAUCCCCUGCACCUGGCCAGCUCUUACAAAAGAUUCUCACCGUUGACAAACUUGAUUCAUUGGGAGCAAAUGUUUAUGAAGCUUUUGCAUUGCCUCUUAAGCAACAGAUGUGAGAUAAUUAUUGUUCUAAAGUUUAAUGUUGGGAUUAAUAUCAUUGAAUAUUAAAGUUCAGAAGUGUUUUUGUCAUGUUUUAAUUUUAAAUAUAAAAUGUACAUUAUAAUAAAAAAAAUGAAGUUUAAAAUAUAUGUCCAACUUGUGUAAUUUUACCACAAAAUAUUGUUUAGGGCCAUCCUUUAGGGACUAAAAUUACAUAAUAUUCUGAAAUAAUGUAAUUGUUGAUAUUUGUAGUGUAGAAUCAUAUUAACAGGCUAAUUGGUCAAAGAAAAAUUACAUUUAUUAAAGAUGUUAAGGAACAAAAAAAUUUAUAUACACAGUAAGUCAGCAAAUUAAAUUAGACAUUAAUAUUAAUUUUUUGAAACUAAAAAUUGGUUUAGUAUGAUUUGUUACUCUAAAUUGAAAUAGCUUAUCCAUUUGAAGUUAUUCAACUGCAGCUACUGAUAUAAUUUAAAGCAGUCAUGUUACUAAAUAAAAAAACAAAAGUGGUUAUCUAAUUCAUUUAAUGUAUUGAAUAUAAUAUUUAACCUGUU